UCAUGUUUGUUCAAGGGUAGUAUUAUCCAGAAGAAUUUAGGCUUUUGGCCAUAAGUCAAAAAUUCGAUAUCUGAUCACCUAUAAAAAAGGCAGUUUCAUGCUUUACGCUCUAUGCAGCAUUGGGGUCCACUGUGAACGGAUGUUAAAAAAAUUCGGUUGAAACAGCAAAACACAAGUGAGAGUCUCACUACGCUUAUAUUUCCACUGGUACCAUAUAUAAUUGUCGCCAAUUUUGCGCGAAAUUUCUAUUUACGAAAUGCUCCUCUGGUUUGUUGGCGCUGUGGCUGUGAUGCUGACUUUCAUGGUAAGUGCUUUUAACUAUUUUGCUUCUGCUUAAUUUGUGUCAAACAUGAGCUCAGAGCGCUGGUGGCUAAUCUAUAAAGAACACCGCUAAUGGGACUCGUCAAAAUAAAAAAAAGGAAGAAUUCCUUCGUGGAAAGACGAGUGACGACUAACGAGCAGGAAAAUUAUAACGUAAUGUAGAAGGAAGUCUUGGAAUACUAAUGUUCCAGGGUAAACAAAGAUCAUACAAAUGAGAGUAGUAAAAGAGAAAAACAAAGUCGACUAAAAAAAAUGGCAACGAGAAUUCUAAAAUUAUUGCGAACUACAAACUUGAAAAGCUUUGACGCAGUCAGUUUAGAAUUGAAAGCGUAACAGACACUUCCGGUCGAGUUGAAAAGUAAUAUUUUCUUCGUGAGCGCGGGAGGUUUUUCUAUCAUCACCGGAAAUCCUAUCAUUUCUGCGCGGCCUGAGCUGUGGAAGGAGAUGAAAUCGAGACUGUGUUGAUCUAAUCUUCGCUCGCCAAAGGAAAUGUCGAGAAGCUAGUCCGAUUAUGGUAGUCUGCAGCAAUUCCACUAUAAAUUCAAUUUCUUUUCUCAGAUCGCGUUCUUAAAUUAUGCAGUUGUUGAUUACAUCCAGAGCUCUCAUUAUUUCAGUGCUGAUCCAUCAAUCUAUUCGGAGAGUCUCGCAGAACACUUACAUUUAAACGAACCAUGAAAGAGGAAUUUUCCUUCGUCAAAAUUCAACCAGGUUGAAUGUGGAUCGCAGAUAAGAUAUCACAGUAUUUUUAGCUAGGCGUGUUCAAACUGUACUGGACAAGUCUUCCAUACGUGUCAUGUUUCGCAUGAAUCAUUUCACUAACUACAAAAGGGCCUUUUUUCGAUUUUGGCUGAGUUCAGUGAGUUGAAAACAGAAUUAAGAAUGUGCAUAUCAUGUCGCACAUACACAAAAUGAUUAGUGGCAAGAAGGAGGGGCAAGUUGGAGAGAGACAUUGCCGAGUCAAGGAUGGUAUGAUGGUUCACGCCAGAUCGCAAAAUCUCGAAAAUAUGAAUUCAGUAUAUUUAUUUCCUCCUGAUAAACUAUUCAUUAUCUCUUGCAGUUAGAAGUUUUCAGGCUUAACUGGACUAACCAACAAAAUAUUAUUUUUUUGACCUUACACUUAACGGGCGCGUUGGUACUCCAGAGUUAAUUCACGGAGUAUUAUUACAAGCCGCUCAUAAGACAUAUUUUAGAUUUUAAAAACCAAUGCAAAUCACUGUAAACUAACUCUCUUGAUACUCGAAACAAGCUAGCAGCAGUACACAUUUUGUAUUAUGGCGGCUUAAUGUUUUUCUUCUGAAUGUUUUCUAAGAAGAUUACCCACAUUGUUUAUUUGUUGAUAAACAAUUAUCAAAGCAGUGUUAUGAUUUCGAAAUAAUCAUAAGUCGAGGCAAGUUCUACCAUCCUCGGAUGAUAACACUUAUCUUGAGCCGAAUCUAACCAUUGAUUUCUUGGAGUUUUUCAGAAAAUAACAAAAAGCUUCCGUCGGUUAGGACACAAAUUAUUAUUAUUGACAAAAAAAAAAUCUCAAUAUACAAAACUGUGAUUUGGCUUUUGGCACACUGUCACUUGCAUAGGCUAAAUGAGUCUUUAAGAAAAAUGAAUUACACACUUCAGAUCUCUAGAUAUCUGCCGGAUUGGGUGGUUUACAUCGAGCUACGAGCGUUUCCAUGAGCACAAUUCACAAUAAUAAUAAUUGAGGGCAACGGUAUUAGUCAAUUUAGAUAUAGCCUUCGCGCUGGGUGCUUGACCAAAACGCGCGUAACGCGCGUGCUAGAAAGGGAAAAGACAGGAAAACGCGUGUAUGACCACUAGAUCGCGUGUACAGGCCUUAAUUAUUUGCGCUCAAUAAAAUCGAGUGUCUCCUGCUCAUACUUUAAGCAAGAUUAAUCUCUUUUGUUGACAGGCUCCACCCUCGGAAGGAACUGGUCGCGCCAUUGUAACAUUACGAAGGUACACUAACCCCUCUCACCGCUUGAGCAAUGGCAAAUGCUGUGAUCACCGAUUUCUCAACUUUGGCCGAUGCCGCCCAUGUGAUGCUUACUUCAAACUAUGUGUGAGUCAGGCAGUUAGUGGGUCUUCUUCAAAAAGCUGUAAUAUUGGUAGAAGCCAGACCGGUGUGGUUGGUGACGAUGACAACCAUGUACUCAACAUCAGAAGAGCGUUUUCUUUCGAAUCUUUUAAGGUAAGUACACGUAUAAAGCAAAACCAUUUUAUUCUUGUCAUCUCUUCCGCGUCAUCUAGUGCAUAAGACCAACAUUUCUUAACUUCACUAAAGUACAGAUAAAAGCAACAAAGGGACAGUUUAUUGGGCGUAUUUGUACUUUUGGAAACACGUUAAACGACCAAGAGAAAAGUUAUGAUGCACCAGGCUUCAUUCUCCAGACUGUUUCAAAAAUAGAUAACUUUUUCAAAGUAGAAGGCACUUUUCUAAAUCAAUAUUCCUACGCCUGAUAUUUCAAAGGUUAGUACGCUUAAAAAAAAACUAUUUUCAUAAACUGGCAUAUUUCACCUAACAAGAUGAUGCAAUUCUCGACAGGUGCUUGCACUGAACGGAAUAUUUUCCAGUGAAAAAGAACUUUUCAUUACAAAUCUGAACACAUCUCAAUAUAAUUAAAAGUCAAUUUCAUGAGGGCAUACUUUUUUAUUUCGCCCAACCAACUCCGUUCUCCUACACUUUUUUUCCGGACACAGGUAACCUGUUAAUAAAAAGUUACCGAAUCAGAGGAACAGCGACAGAACUGUAUGGAUAUUAACAGUUAUUUACUUUAGGCGAAGUGACUAAUUUUGACCAGUCCCCGAGACAAAGCCGAGGGGAUUAUUCAACUACAUAUUCUUUGAGCCCGAGGCAAAUAAUUUUUUUAGUAUUAUUGCUUGGGUGCUUUCGAAUUCUAUUCUAAAUAUUCGUUUUGACGUUGAAACCAUUCUGUUUUAAUUGCUUUGAUUACAUGUAUCGAGGUAACGAGCCAUUAUCACCUCCACGGUAACACUAACAAACCGCGAGGCACCUCGUGCGAGGUGAUCAUAGCGAGAUAUGACGCAAUCCUCGACCAAUCAGAGCGCGUGAAUCUCUAUAAUCACUGGAGCAAUUAUACUGAAUACGAAUAGUCACAAAGCUGAGCUGAGUGAUUGUAUUAUUUCUCAGGGAGCCAUUACCGUUGGGGUGGAAGUCUGGGAUAAGGACAGAUUUACCAGAAAUGAUUACGUAGGCUGCCCGUCCAUAACACUGUGGUCUGUCACUCCGGGGUUGUAUUUGGAUCCCUUAAGAAGAAGCUUGACGCUAAAGAGCAGAUACGUCACCAUGAAGCUCGACUUGGAGUUGUACUGCGACAAAGACUACUAUGGUCCCAGUUGUAGCGUGAAUUGUGUCCCGCGGGAUGACUCGAGUGGACAUUACACCUGCGAUAACCUAGGAAACAAGAUUUGUCUUCAACAUUGGGAAGGGCCGUCUUGUAAAAGAUGCGAGAGAAAUUGGUUUGGUCCUCGCUGUUCUGCAAACUGUGUUCCUCAGGAUAAUGAUUUUCAAGGACAUUACAAGUAAGUCAGGAGACAGAUGUGCUUAUUAAAGUGGUCGGGAAUUUAGGGGGUACGGUUUUAAAGGAACGGUGGUGCUACGUCGGUGGGAGAGCCAACGCUUUCCAUUCAAAUAAUUUACUCUUACCUUUCUCGUUACUAUGUUCCCACAAAUAGCGUAGCUCCAUUUUUUACAGAUAAACUCACACACAACCCACAAUUCCUCCAUUCGCACUGACGAAGGGCUAACGCUCGGAACGUCAACUUAGAAACUCUUUACGGUGACUAUUUUACGUAAUCAACUCAGUUAAUAAAACCAAAUCAUAUAGUCGGAAAUGAGACAGCUUGUGGCAAAAUUUCGAAAAAUAGAGCGAGGGAAAAAUAAAGGAGAACAAAAACCUUUGCCGUUAUACCCUCCCGGCCUCCCGCCCUCCCCGCCUUUUUGUUCUCCUCUUUUCGCUGAGAAUCUAUUUGUAAUCGAGGCUGAGAAAGAAAGGAACAUAGAUGAUGUAAAUUUACAAAAGCAGCCUUCAGAAAGAAUCCAAUAGGAAUUUGGGGAAGGAUUUCUGCAUCACAAGGAAUUUUUCAUAUAUUGGGGGCCCUAUUGCUAUCCUUUAAUAAUCACGUAAAUUAGCUUUUAUGUCUUUGACAACAUGUAUAAAAAAGAAAAUAGUUUUUUCUCAAGAGGCAGGGGCACUAAAGAAUAUCAUGAAAAAGAUCUAUGCAGUCAGGAGAUGAUCCCAUGUAAAUAUUUUAGAGAAGUUGAAAUUAUAGAUAAAACUUUUCCUUUCUUGAAUCACAGAUGCAGGCCGUUGGAUGGUAAGAAAGAGUGCCUACCAUCGUGGUUUGGUUCUGACUGUCGCACACAAUGCAUCUCUCGUGAUGACGACGGCGGACAUUACAGUUGUGCACAAGACGGAAGUAAAACGUGUCUGCCUGGGUGGUAUGGCGAGAACUGCACAGUGUUCUGUGUUCCUCAAAAUGAUGAGAAACUCGGAAAUUACACUUGUGACGAUGAAGGCAAUAUGGUGUGCUUGGACGGCGUCAGUCGCCUCGACUCUAACUGCUCUUGGACUUGUUUGGUCAAUGAAGCCCCAGUAACCUACAACUGUACAGAAGAAGGCUACAAAAUCUGCCAUCCUUCGUGGUUUGGGUCCGACUGUGCCACUUACUGCGAGCCCCACAACGAUGAAAAGCACGGGUAUUACACUUGCAACGUACGUGACGGAAGUAAAAUGUGCUUGGACGGCUGGGAAGGACGUGACUGCCGUGAAAGAAGCGUGGAAUCAUUAUUUACAAUUGAGUAACGAUGGGCUUUAGUGUCGACACUUUAUAAACAGGACCUAGAUGGACGAAUGUUUACGGUUCCUUCGACAGAAAAUAGUCAGUAAUCACUGAAUGAUUAUAGAAAAUAGGACUAAAUGGACACAUCGAGCUCCGCUUUUCAUUUUUUAUGACUUGAACAAUUUUUUUAUAAGUUAUAGCUCCUGCCAAGUACUGCAAACCAAGUAAAAUUAAAAUUCGCUUUUUAUGAUGAAAGUAUUUGAAGCUGUCUUGUACAUUACCAUCAACGUCUAAUUUAAUAUGCAUCACCGCAACAGACUUGGGG